AUGUUCAAAUUGGUUACUUUGUUCGCUGUCUUCGCUUUGGCUGCUGCCAAACCAGGACACCUCGGUGCUCACUUGGCUGCUGUUCCAGCUGUCUCAACCUACGCUGCCGCUCCAUUGGCCACCUCAUACGCUGCACCAGCUUACGCCGCUACCUCAUACGCUGCCCCAGCUUUGGCCACAUCAUACGCUGCCCCAGCUUUGGCCACAUCAUACGCCGCCCCAGCUUUGUCCCACUCAUACGCUGCUCCAGCUUAUACCAGCUCAUACGCUGCCCCAGCUGUCUCAACCUACGCUGCCGCUCCAUUGGCUACCUCAUACGCUGCCCCAGCUGUCUCAACCUACGCUGCCGCUCCAUUGGCUACCUCAUACGCUGCCCCGGCUUUGGCUACCUCAUACGCUGCCCCAGCUUAUACCAGCUCAUACGCCGCCCCAGCUUUGUCAUCAUGGUAAACAUCUCCGAUAUUGAGG